AUGAAGACAUCUCUUUUUCUCGGUGCAGCGCUAGCUGCGGGUGUCAACGCACUGGCAAUUGAGGCCAGACAACGUCCGCGGCCUACGAGCACGCAAGCUGGUAUCCCAGAUGUCUCGCAGUGCGGGUUGGACUCAUUUGUAGGACACACUUCUGAAGCGCUGCUGCUCUGCAGCAGCCUUCUUAAAGGUGGGACUGCAACAGAAACAGCCACUGUUACGGCUGGCACCACCACCACCAUCAAGACAACCGUCAUUAUUACAUUGUAUCCGCCAACCACUUCGAGCAGCGGACCAGGCAGGCCUACGACAACCCCAAAACCACCGACGUCUACUCCAAAGCCACCCACAUCAACUCCGAAACCACCUACGACGUCCAACAAGCCCACAACGACCGUGCCAACCGCAUCCCCAACCCCAACACCGUCGGCGGGUUGUGGAAUAGUUGGAUACACCAAGGACACAGCGGCAUACUACUUUGACAGCUCCGGGACGAAGAAUACCUUCGCCGCUUGUAGCGCCGCCUGCAAGGCUGACUCUCAGUGCAAGAGUUUUGGAUAUGGAGAGGCCAACUGCAUGCUGUUCACCGUUGACGCUACUUCCAACACGAACUACAACCCCACGUCCCCGUACACCUUCUACGAUGUCAGCUGCCCCUCUGAGUUGCCUGUCAGGAAGCGACAGGUUCAAAUCUCGGUUGGUCUUGGUAUUUCGUCGCUUUCUUCGGCCUGCUCGUGCCUGAUUACCGCGGGUCCGGGUGCUAUCACCAAAACAACUUCGGUCACGAUAACAUCGAAGUUUACGGCGACACAGACUCUGACCAGGACUGUGAGUUUGCUGCCUGGUGAUGAUGGGCGAUUCAUCUAAAUGAAGACGGGGAGGAGGCAG